AUGCUCAUGGCAAUCAUCGGCGAGUGCCUCGCCGCUGCGAAGGAGGUGAGGGGUUACAGCAGCGACAUGCUUAGCGUCAUGUUAGAGGCCAACACCGGCAGCAACGAUGGCAAGAUUAGGCAGCAGGCCAUGAGCAUGGAUGAGAUCAUCAACGAGUGCAAGGCCUUCUUCUUCACCGGCCACGACACGACCUCGCACCUCCUCACCUGGGCCAUGUUCCUGCUUAGCACGCACCCCGAGUGGUAG